GCCUGCUGGCGGUCGGGGCUCGGGGAGAGGAGGGGGCUCCCGCAGCGGCGCUGGUUGGCGCGAGGGGGUGUCGGCCUCUCUCUUGGGGCAGAGGUCUGCCUCUCCCCGCUCAGGGGCCGGCCCCGAGCAGCCCGGCCUCUCCUCAGGGCGGGCGAGCCCGGCGGUGGAGAGGGGGAGGCCCGGGCUCCGGCGGGGUGAGGGGAGCGGGAGGGCGGGCAGAGAGCCGGCCGCGGCCCAGCUCUGGCGGCUUCGCUUCGUUCGCUUCGGCGCGCUGAGGGGCGUGCUCCGGGAGGGCAGCCGGCCUUGCUCCUGGCAGGGCCGCGCUUUGUUUUCUGCCGGUGUUUCGGUGGCGCCCGGGGCAACCGGCCCGCCACGCGCGGUUCGCCCGUUUGCAAGCGUCCUCUGUGCGAAGUGCAACGUUUGUGUUUGACGUUUUUGCAUCUCUGGAUAAUGAUGUGAUUCCCCCUCUGCUCCCUGCCACGUGUAACAGAGAAGUCUAAAUACAACCUGAAGAAAUCAAGUCUUUUUUGUUUGACAUUUCAAAGACAGUGUUUACAGUGCUAAGAAACUUGUGACAGCAGUUGCCAGUUUUUGCAUCCAGACGUCCACCCUAGAAAGUGUUGUUGAUAUUUUUGGGAAACAGCCUAUACAAUUAGAUGAACUCCUGUGAGGGUGUCUUCUUUGAGUAUUUGCAUUGCAGAUUAGAGCUUCAUCUCUAUGUCACACUCUCCGAUACUUGGCUUGACAGCUGAUUAAAUUGGCAAAACCAUAGGGUGGAUCACUUUGUAAGGAGGAGACUGUACUACGUUACCUUUAUUUCAUAAUCUGAAAGAAGAAUAGCAUUUGGAAUGAUGGCAACAGGAGACCUAAAAGGAAGUUUAAGAAAAAUAGAACAAGGACUUCGCUUGUUAAAUUAUCCAAGAGAUGUGGAUUAUACAAUGUUAGUAAAGGGUGAUCCAGCUGCAUUUUUGCCUAUCAUCAGCUAUUGUUUUACAUCUUUUUCAACUUAUAUAGCAGAACUUUUGGUAAAGUGUGAUGUGGAACUCACAGCAAAGAGCGACUUGCGUUUUAUUGAAGCUAUUUAUAAGCUUCUUCGAGACCAUUUUCAAUAUAAACCAAUUUUAACGAAACAGCAGUUUCUUCAGUUUGGCUUUGCUGAAAGAAAAAUGCAAAUUGUUUGUGACAUUAUCAACUGUGUGGUGAAGAAACAUAAGGAAUUAAGUAACUCAAACAAGGUUAAAUCCCAAACAAGGAAAAAACUCAAAUCUUUUAAAUAUGAAGUAUGGUCAAAUGUCCUUGCUGAUUCUAGUGGCAGUGCUCUGAAUUCAAAACAGAAGCCUCAAGUAGAACGGCAUUCCGGAAAUGAAGUUAGUGAUGACCUUCAUCCACUACCCCUUCCAGCACAGGGAGGUAACGAAGAAGAAUUGUACCUAGAUCAUGAUGUUGUGGAAGUUAAAUGUGAACAAGUCAUAGAAGAUAAUUGUCAGAUUGAGUUCCUAAAGAGUCAGCUUGCUGAUUGCCAGGAAAAGCUUAACAAGCUAGAUUGGAUGGAAGACAAACUACAUGUUUUAGAAGAGAAACUGAACGGAAAGGUGAUCAUAGAUGAGAAGGACUGGAGUAACUUGUUGAGUCGAGUUCUGCUUCUUGAAACAGAACUGUUGUUGCAAUCCAAAAAGAGAGACUUAUCUACAGAGUUUAGCAAUAUAAGUCAAGAAUGUACUUCUAAUAGGACUCCAUUUUCUCCUGAUACAGAGAGGAAGGAGGAGAUGCCAGAGAGUCUUCAUCAGCCGUCUGGAUACAGUUCACUAUUAUCCACAGACCCAUCUCCCAGAGCCAUGACCGUUAAUUCUUGUGGUCUGACAGACAUUUCAAAGGAGACAACAAGACAAAGAAUGGAAAGGAUAAGUAAAAUAAUUGAAGAAACCUCAGAAUUGUUGAAAACCUCAAGCAACACCUUUGAGAAGACCUGAAAGCACAGGUCUUCAGACCUGGUCUCUGUAGACUUACGGAUAUCAGAACCGAUAUGUAUGUUUGUACAGCAUUAAAUUUUUAAUAUAUCAAAUUUGUAAUGAUCACCAGUGCUUUUAUUCCUUUGAAUAAAUAUUUUCUAAUGCAUCUGUGUACUGACUUCCCUCCCCUGGCCCUGAUUUUUUUUCGUUUUAAAAACUGUUCAAAUAGCUUCCUCUCCACUUUUGUAAAGUGAGGUCAUCACAGGAGUGUAUUUUUGUGUUGACGUUUGUUAGCAGUGUGCUAAGUAAUAUGUUUUUUAAAGUGCAGGCUUUGGUUUACAUCCUGUUGGAAACAUUCCAGCUGGGACUUGCAUAUUGCACCCAAGAGGAUUUCUUACACACCAUCUUACCAUCUGUACUCUUGAAUAAAUCUUAAUGAAAACUUAAAUACACAAUUUUAAAUAUGUACCUUUUUGCUGUUUUUUUAAAAUAUAAAUUUUCAUGCAGAGCAGGAGAGCAACAACACAUUAUGGCUUCCAUUAACACUGACAAAGUGAGGGUCAGUUUGAGCCUAAACACUAAAACGUGCAAGUAAGUCCACAGACUUUGACUGCAAGAGAUGUGUUGAGUGUUUUAGUGUUCUUACCCAACACGUUUUAAGACCAGCAGCACAGAUGGACACCAUCCAGUAUACAAAGAUACACAACAUUUUUAUGAUUUGAAGCCAUAUUAAAAUUUCUCUUCAGAGACAGAAGUAGAUGUAAGACUUCCAUAAAGCGUAUAAUCAAACCAAAGAUGUGUGGGGUUUGCUAAGAUUUUAUUUAUUUAUUUAUUUUUGUAAAUUGGUAGCCUAUCGUAUUGAGGUUUUUUUGUGCUAUAAUAUGCACUUCAUUUGAAAAAAUUUUUAGAGUUUGCUAUCACAAAACCAGUGGACUUCUUUGGCAGAGUUUGCAAAGAAAGGCAAAAGCAGCUGCUUGACUUUAUGCUGUAAAAAGUGGUUUAUAUGUUUUAACAAUAAUUAUGAUUUCUUUUUUUCUGUAACCAUAUGGAAUGUAGAUUGACUUUAUUUUACAUACAAACAGAAGAACAUAUGGUGAUCCAUUAUGUUAUAUAAAGUUUAGUUGAGGGUUUUUGGACUUUUGCAAUAGAACUUACUUUUCCAGUUUUCCAGUUGUUCCCUGCCUGCCCCCGCCCCCCCCCCCCCCCCCCCCCCGCCAAAAAUCGGAAAGUUAGAUGAUGUGAACAUGUUUUGUACCUUAAUUGAAAAUAGACCUUGCAAAUCACUUCAUUAUCCUAAUAAUGAAUUGAAAUAAGAUUUUCUUAUAAAUCUUAGACGAACAGAAGAGGUGAUAUUUUCUAAAACAGGACUACAGCACCAUCUUGUGGAAACCUUUGUACAAAGUAAUUAGCAAAGGAGGAAAAAAGUAUAUUUUUAUACAGUUAAAGUUAUUGCAUUAAACCAGUAAUGAUCAAAUAUUUUUGAAAUAUUACUUGUCUUUAAAUUUUCCUUUUUGUCUUGGAAUUGAAGAGGCUUUUAUGUUAAGUAAGAUAAUUAUUCUGUAUGAUAUUUGAUUAUGUUCGUGGCAGGAACCAGAACAAUGAAUCUAUUGUUGAUGUUAUGGCAAAAAUGAGAGGUGUUAGUCAAUAUAAAUGAUUCCAGUUACAAGGAUUUAUCAUUGAAUGCAUGUGCUUGAUGUGGAAGUGUUAGAAAAAGGUCUUUCUGUAAGCGUACAACUUAAUGUGAUCUCUACUGGGUACUGCAAAACUGAAAAUCCAGAGUUAUUAAACUAUUUCCUUCUUCCACAAGCUUAAAUGCAGUACUUUUCUCUGCACAAUGGGAUUCAGCCUUUGUAAUUAAAGGCUUUGCUUUUCCUGUUUUCAGGACCAGGCAGGGGAUCACUUUGAUCAAACUGAAGCCAAGGGUGUUUUACUGUGAGGGCAGUGGAGCUGGUUUUCUAAAGGUCUUCCUCUCAUGUUUGCUGUCUUUUUUCAAAUGAAAUCUGGUUUUGGAAGGUAGUGCCAUCGUCUGAAAAAGAAAUAUUCAUAGUGCAUUCAAACCCUCUUUACACGUUUGAGUCAUAAUUUUUUUUAAUU